UUAACUGUCAUCUGCAGUUAUUAUAACCAACUACUAGAACCGAGCGGUAAGAUUAAAUUGGUGUGACAGGCGUUACCCGGCUCCAAUGUGCCUUCAUAUGGAAAGAGAUGAAAACCACACAUCCCCGCUCGUAAGGUUUGGAUGUGAUUGCUGCAGGCAUGUCUCUUGAUCUCUCCAUCACUGGACAUCGCACUUCUCUUCCUCAGUGCAAGAGCCGCAGCGCUUACCGCUUCAAAGCUGCAAACUCCUACGUUGAUGAGUCUUUGUUUAGUAACUCCCCGGGAAGAGUGGAUACUGCGCUCCAGUGGAGUCCCGCUACCCCAAGUCAGGUUCCACGUGUGUGGAAUCCAGAAGAGACCAAGGACAUCAAAAGCAACAGCAGCUGCAAGAGUAACCGUACCCCAACUGGAACCCCAAGGAAACAAAUUCAAUACAGGGUAAAAACCCGAUCUCCUUCUUAUUGUGACGAGUCUUUGUUUGGUAAGAAGUUAGAGGAUUGUGGAUGGGAAGCACCAUGGGUGAAGAAAGAAGACACUGUUAGACUGCGACCUCUUCUCUGGUGUCCUACUCCUGUUUUACGUCCACAGACAGCCAAACCAGGCAAUAACAAAUCAGCAGUCCGGGCUGUGCACCCCCCUGACGCCUCAGAAAAUAUCCUGGGUGCUUACAAGGGCCAAAGGAACUUCUGGAAGCUCCCGGAUAAUGACUCCGACUCUGGUGGGGUUUCUCCAUCUGUGACAAGACCCGGCUGGAGUUCUUCAAGGAAAGACAGUGCUCGAUCAUCAAGCUGGUCUGGGAGAGUGACUGUCAGAAAAGGUUCAGGAACACUGACUGAAAGACCACCAUGGAAAUGAUGAGCAGUGCCUAAAAUGUGCUUAAAGCAGACAUUAUACAUUUUACAGUUCUUUGCUAUAAAUAAACCCAUCUAAUGUUGUUGAUAGACAAAAAUAAUUCAUAUAUAUGGGUUACAAACAUGUCUUAUGUUUGUGCCAUUGCAGCAGUCAUUUUAACUUCUUGUUCUCCGGCAGCAUGAUUGUUCUUCCCAUUAAAGUUCUCUCCCCCCUAUUGUUAACAUGCUGAUAAUCCGAAACUCAGUACACCAUCAUUUUUUUUUUUAAAGUAGUUAAUGUGUUACUUUUCAUUAAAAAAAAUACAAGGACUGAUAUAUUUGAUGUGCUCUUUGGCAAAGUCUAUACAACAAUAUUUUCCCUAUUGACUACAGUCACAAAUAUGCCAUGUGGGUAAAUAAAGCAGGGGACCAAGACAUGAUUUAACUGAUGCUUACGCAAAUAACAGUGCCAUGAAGGGAAUACAGCACGGUUGUAAUAAUAUAUGCAGAUAGUUAUUUAGGAUUUUUGGAAUAAUAGAGAGGUUAUCAUCCCUUUUGCAUUUAACGAGUUAAAAGGUUUUUAUCGUAACAUUUAUUACCUUCUUGUUUUAUGACGUAGUUGUGCUUGUGCCUUUAACAUAAUGGCAAUUCCUUUGGAGGAAUUUGGGCUACCUGAUUGUACCUUUUGGGGUUUAUUUACUAAAGGAAGAGUUCUCAUCUGAGUUGGGGUCGUAACUUGCAUUAUACCGAAUCGGCUCAGUCUUUUUUGCCAGAGGAACCUGGCAACAUUGGCCAUUCUUAAUGAAUAGUGAAGUUGAGGCAUUAUAACAACAGCUGUCCGUUUAGUGAAUAAACCCCUGUGGAAGACUGCUUUGUUUCCAGGGGUGUGCGUGUUUGUGAGAAUAAAUAUUCUAAUCGAGAAUUGAUCAUUUAUUG